CUUUUUUUUUUUUGUAUAGUCUCGCUUGAGUAUAAGUACCAACGAUGCUAGUGUACGAGACUUGACACCCGAAAAAAAAUGGUUUAUCCUCUGUAACGAAAGUGCAUUGACAUCUAUGGGAACUGUGGUUGGAAAUAAAAAGAACACGACCCAUCGCAUAUCCAUCACCACCAACAAUAGCAUGACAACUGCAAAUACGACGCCCAAUACAACGACAACAACAAUCAAUGAUUCGCAUAUGAUGGAUUGUGAUUAUUUAUUAACUCCUGCUUAUUACAUUAAUUCUUUAUUGAAAAGGGAUGCCAAAGUCGACCUUCGAUCUAAACUCGUAUCUGAUUUAUCCGUACGGUUACGUACCAUGCCUAUUAAAUGGGCUCAAGAUUUUAUUGAACAAAACGGCAUUGAUGCUCUCUUUCAUGAACUAGCUUUUAUCAAUAAAGUCAACACCAGAAAUCAACGAGAAUCCCAAUUCGAAUUAGAAAUUAUUAAAUGUUUACGUCAAAUUUUCAACAAUUAUUACGGUAUUCAACAUGUGAUGAACGAACCACAAUAUAUUAUCACCUUGACGCAAUCUUUACUCUCACCUUCUCUCCCCACACAACGACUUGUAUGUGAUGCACUAACAUUUAUGUGCUACUUUGAACAACCCAAAGGUCACUCGAUGGUCCUUCAAGGGAUGGACGCUAUCCAAGGGGCCAAAAGUGAUUAUCGACGAUUUGAUUCCUGGCUUAAAACUUUAGACGCCGUCCUCAGUGGACGAGGUAGGAUGGGUUCCCUUGUUGGUGCCAGUAACGAUGUACGCCAAAUCGCCACCCACAGUAAUCCCGAUAUUCCCAUCACCGAGCAUGCUUUAGCCAACCUCUUAUUGAUCCUAGCCCUUGUCGAUCCCGAAACCAUUCAAGACCGCGAAACGCGUAUUCGACUACGCAAUCAAUUGUAUGAAGGAGGAUUAGCACAGAUCUUUGAAAAGAUGGGUUUAUUUCAUAACGAAUUGAUGAAUUUAAAACUGGAAGAGUUUCGCGAAUUACAAGACAAUGAUUCAAUUGCACACAUGGUGGUGGGGAAUAGCACGGAACCUGUAGAGAUGUUAGAAAAGAUCUUGUCUUCCAUUAAUGGUACACGCGCCUACGAUUAUCUUUCCAAUUUGUUACAACAUUUGCUCUCUAUUCAGUGUGAUUCAGAGACUAAAAACAGGUACUAUCAAUUGGUCGAACAUUUCAUCUCGCAGAUAUCUUUAGAUGGACAGGGCAUCCUCAACAAUUUCACAAAUACGUAUGGUCUCACCGUCCAAAAUUUGAUUUCCAAAUUUGCUGACGAGGAUGAACUGGAGUCUGCUCUACAAGAAGCGGAUGAAGCCAGAGAAAUGAUGGAAGAAGCUCUACAGCGAGAAGCUGCAUUACGUCUCCAAGUCGAUCUAAAAGCAGACGGUCUUGUAGGCCAAUAUCGCAUUAAAAACGAAUCGCUCGAACGUAGUUUACGUGUUGCUAAUCAGACCAAUGCGGUAUUACAACAACGACUGGACGAUAUUGAACUAGAUCAUAAACGUACUCUCGAAUCCAUGGACAGUCAAAUCAAACGACUUUUUGAAACUGUGAGUAUUCUCGUCAAAACCAAUCAUACUGAACCUACCGAAUCGUUUCAAACGAUAAAAUCCAAAAUUAGUCAAAGUGUGAACCAAGCACAUCAUACCAGCACGCCAUUAUUUAGAUCAAAAACAAAUUCAUCCAUUACUGCAUUAAAAAAAAAUAUACCCACUCUAUCUUCCACACCCACCAUCAAGAGAAAAGAAUUACCUUCUUUGCCCAUUCAUACCAAAGGCUCUAUUCCUCUCGGUAGCAACAAGAUAUCCGAUUCACCUAUUCAUAGUAUAUUACCACUCAUAACUACAGACGGAGCACCUCCACCACCACCACCUCCUCCUCCUCCUCCUCCACCACCUCCCAUGAGUACAACUGGAGCUCCCCCUCCUCCUCCUCCUCCACCGCCACCUCCACCUCCUCCAGCAAGUUCAAACGGCGCACCACCGCCUCCACCUCCACCCCCACCUUUGAAUACAAAUGGAGCACCUCCACCGCCGCCACCUCCACCUCCAGCUAUCAGCGCUACGGGAGCGCCUCCACCUCCACCUAUGGGACUCUCUGUCCCACCGCCAGUUGUUGCAUCUGUAACAAGUAGUGUGCAAUGCAAACAAAAGCUAAAAUUUGUGGAAUGGGAAAAGAUCAACCGACGUCAAUUAAACAAUACAGUAUGGGAAGAUUUGGGCGAAGAGAGUUCAGAGGAAGAAGACGACGGAGUAUUUGACAAGCCAUCGUUGGUAACCAAGCUUUCGCGUGCGGAUGUAUUCACCAUGAUCGAAAGUACGUUUGCACAGAAACCUGCGGUGGAUUUGAGUAAACGUGCCAAACGUAAAAUAGAAGUGAUUGAGUUGUUGGAUUCUCGUAAAGCGUAUACGAUGAGUAUCUUUUUAACGAGUUUACCCAAGGAAUUUGAGAUUCGAGAAUUUCCGACGUAUUUAGAGACGAUGGCUGAGUGUAUCUUACAGGAACAUGUGCUCGAGAAUUUAAUCAAGUUUGCUCCGGAGCCAGAUGAGGUCAAGACGUUGAAAAAGUUUGAAGAGGAAAAACCGGAGAGUGUGAGUCAACUUUCGUUAGCGGAUCAACUGGUGUUGCAAAUGAUGCAUGUGCCGCAGUAUAAACAAAGAGUCAUGUGUUUGUUGUUUAAGAUCACUUUUUGGGAAACCAUUGAUACGAUUCAACUCAACUUGCAGCAUAUCUUGGAUGCUUCGUCUCUUUUAAAAGGAGCCAAAAUGUUUAAAUUGGUCUUGAAACAAAUCUUGGUCUUGGGGAAUUAUAUGAAUGGUAACACCAAUCGGGGUGGCGCUUCCGGCUUUAAAAUUGGCAGUAUCAACAAGUUGAUUGAUACCAAGAGCAAAUCGACCACGUUAAUGCAUUUCUUGGUGGAAAUGAAUGAAACCAAAUUUCCCAAGAAUUUAAAGUUUAUAGAAGAAUUAAAGCAUUGUCAAGAAGCAUGCAAAGCAAAAAAUAAAAAGUCAACAAGCUGGAAUUGAUGAGUGAUUUUGCCACGAUUCGAAAAGAUUUAAAGCAGUUUGAUAUUUUAUCAGGCCAUGAUGUUUUCAUUGAACACAUGAAGUCAUUUGGAAAGGAGGCCCAAGCAAAAUUUGAUGUGGUUGAACGUCUUUUGAAGGAAACCGAGUCCGUUUAUGAACAUGUGGUAGCAUUGUAUGGUGAGAAUCAAAAGACGAUGCAGCCCAGUGAAUUCUUUCGCAUCUUUUCCACCUUUACCACUACCUGGCAGAAAUGUUCUGUUGAAAUCAAGGUUCUGAAACAGACAAAAGAACGUAUUUCAGCACAGAAAAAGUAUGAAGCGGAAAGAAGAAUACAAGCACGUCAAGGAGGUGCUGCAAAUAAUAGUAAUCA